UGAAGAUUCAUUCAUCUAUUGUGAUCACCAUCUCGUAGUUUUCUUCUCUAUCUUCUAGAAAUCGCGGAAUUGAUCUCAUAAUGAGUUCCAAAAUCGUCUUUCAAUCUCUCACCGAGUUAUUCCCACAGAUUGAUGCAAGGAUUUUAAAAGCUGUUGCUAUUGAGCACCCAAAAGAUGCUGAUGUUGCUGCAGCUGUUGUUAUCUCUGAGAUUAUUCCCAAGUUUUGUCCCGAUUUGGUUGAUCAUUCUGCACAGUCUGGAAACAACAAUGUAGAACGUGACAUGCAAAAUGGUGAGGAUGAAACUAGGGCCCCAAUUUCUACUGAGUCGCUUCCUAAUAAGAACCAGCUGACAGAUGUGAUGCCAAAUGGUGAUCUUGAUGUUCAGAGCAAAGCAGUGAUCGGAUCGGAUGAGCCCAGAGUGGUUUCCUCGGCUACCCCUGCCUCCACGCAGGCCGGAAUCAAAUUGACCAGUGAUUGUUGGGAAGGUAUUGAUUUUCACUUUACAGGUAAUCAAGCAGAGUCAAGCACAAGCGCAGGUUCAAAACGUGUUGGGGAUAAGUUGGUUUGUCCUGCAGCAGACAGUUUGGAAAUUCCACAGAAAUCACCAAACGGUUCUGAUGAUGUGAGAGAGACCUCAAGUGGUUCAUUGACUGGCGAAAACAGUGAUGCAGAGUUGAGUGGCUCAGUUCUUGUGGAAGAGACUUCGAAGGGUUCCUUGGCUGUUGAAGCUGGUGAUCCGGAGAUGGGUUGUGCUUUUAGCUCUGUUGUUAGUAGAUCAACCCAGGGAUGCAGAAUUGAUCACCUUGAACAGAUCAUUGAAGAUGCCAAAAGUAACAAGAAAACCUUGUUCAUUGUGAUGGAAUCGAUUAUGAAUCUGAUGAGAGAAGUUGAGCUUCAAGAAAAGGACGCAGAGAAGGUGAAGGAAGACGUUGCUAGAGGAGGCCUUGAUACCCUUAAAAAGGUUGAGGACCUGAAGAAGAUUCUGGCACAUGCCAAGGAGGGAAACGACAUGGAUGCUGGAGAAGUUUAUGGGGAGAGGUCAGUUUUAGCAACUGAAGUAAAUGAGCUAGAAAACCGCUUGCUCAGCUUAUCAGAAGAACGAGAUAAGUCUCUUUCUGUUCUUGAUGAGAUGCGUGGAGUUCUUGAAUUGAGACUAGCGGCAGCCCUGGAGAUUAAAAAUGCUGCUGAGCAAGAGAUCCAAAGAAAAGAAGGUGCUGCACGCAAGGAACUUGCUGAACAAGAAGCAAUCAUGGAUAAAGUUGUCCAAGAAUCAAAGCUUCUACAGAAGGAGGCAGAGGAAAAUUCCAAGCUGCGAGAGUUUCUUAUGGACCGUGGUCGGGUUGUUGAUUCUUUACAAGGAGAAAUCUAUGUGAUCUGUAAAGACAUCAGACUCUUGAAAGAGAAAUUCGACAACGGAGUGCCGUUGAGCCAAUCAAUCACCUCAAGCCAGACAAGCUGUAAGCUAGCUUCUUCUGUAUCAUCCAUGAAGAGCUUAUUGCUGGAGAAGCCUCUUGACCUAUCUUAUGAAGCACCUGAAGCCUCAGGCAACAACAAGAGCCCAGAAGCUUCGGUUAACGAGGGAAAAGAGGACGACGAACGUAAGGAGCUCCUGGAAGAUGGGUGGGACAUCUUUGACAAAGAAUUUGAACUCUAAAUGGGACUUUGGGUUCUAUGUAGAAGAAGAUUCAGUCUCUCUAUAGAAAUAAACUGAUUUUAAGAAUAAAAAGAGAUGUGAAAGGGAUUUUGGGUUCUACUUUUAUUAUCCAGUUUGCAGAGCAAAACGAUAACGUGACAAGGGGAAAUAGCUUAAUUUUUCUUGUGCAUAAUUCUAUUAUGUUUUUGUUAAAAUCUUCAUCCUAGGGCUGGGCAAUCGGGGUCCCAAUCGGGUUUCGGUUCGGGUUCAUUCGGGUUUCGGGUUUUCGGGUUCAUGAAUUUCAGCCCCAUUCGGAUA